CUUUAGGAACAUACGCAACUUAUCGGCCCCCUAAUUACGCGCGUAUAAUACUCGCUGCGUGGUGGUUGGCGCUGAAACUCUAAUUGGUGAUCUUGAAUCCGGCCUGAGAUGUCUGGAUUCGCCGAUUUCGACGCCGGUCAUCGUGACUUGAUAACUGUCACUAAAUUCAAUUUCUAUGGUAAUCGCAUUGUUACGGCCUCUUCUGAUCACCGUAUGAAGGUAUGGGAUCAGAAAGACGGUGAAUGGCAAUUAACUGACACUUGGCGUGCACAUGAUGCUGAGAUCCGCGAUGCAAGCUGGAAUGGUCCAUUUACGGGCCAACAUAUAGGUAGUGUUGGUGAAGACAUGAAAUGCAAGAUAUGGCAAGAAGAUGUUACCCAACCUCCUAACUCUGGCCGACGCUUCCGGUCUAUCUUUCGCAUGACGGCACCGCACCGGCAUCCGUUCGUCUCAAUUGACUUCCGCAAUAUUGACCUCGAGUCAUGGCUUGCUGUCAUUACACGAGAUGGGUUCCUGAUGGUCAUGGAACCCGUAAGUCCAGAUACACUCGCGGACUGGCAGCCUCUUGAUCAGUUUCGUGUUUGCACUGCACCCCAAAGGGGAGAGGAAACAAGUUUCAAGGUGCAAUUUCACCACGACCCCACAGAUAUCACCCACUCAGUUUUGCCAUCUUCGGAUCGUAAAAGCCUCUCACUAGUAGUGGCAGCUAUGGACAGUGUGAAAGUAUAUCGCACCGAUGCCAGUCGACGUUUCUAUCACGCAAUUGAGCUGUCGAGCCAUGGAGGCCUUGUGAGAGAUAUCUCUUGGGCCAAUGGCUCCGUUCGCGGCUAUGAUCUUAUUGCUAGUGGUUGCAAGGACGGCUUCAUCCGAAUUUUCGAGAUUUACACAUCCGCCGUGGACAACGAGCCUCACGGUUCAAACGGCGAGCAAUCCCGGCCAUCCACACAAUCAUCUUCGAUCCGUGCAACAGCGCAAUCGGGCAUAGGUUCCGCCCUUGCGAGUCGCGCUCCGAUGUCUAUGGCCAGCCGGUUGGCAACAGGGGAUGCUCAAUUUAAGCAUACUUAUAAGGAAGUAGCGUGUAUCGACAGUAAACAUCUAGACGUGUGGCAGGUGGGCUUUUCGUACGCUGGUGAUUGCCUCAUUUCCUCUGGUGACGAUGGGACUGUACGAUUCUGGAAGAAAUCCCUAUCAGACGAAUGGCUGGAAUAUGCCGAAGCUGAUAUGACUUACUGAUGGACAUGCUUUCGUCACGACAAUGCUUUUCCGUCUCCACAUGAUGCAAUAUCUUGUUAUAUUCCUUGUCGCAAUAUCCGUAAGGAUAUUUUGCUUCAUGAGGGACAUGGUUCUCCUUGCAUUUAUACGAUCUAGCAUCCUAUCGUUGUGUUUACUAGACAGUGAUACCCAUACAGCCCUGGCUUAUAUUAUUGGGUAGACAGGCAAUUUUUUGCUUGUCUCGCACGAUUAAUUAUAAGUAGAAUCGAGCUUUCCUUUCUUUACUUGUCCUUUCCAAUGUGGAGUUUCCCCCUGAGUGCCAACAACGCUGGCCACUGUUCCUUCCUUGGGCGAAACGACAUGCGGGCCC